AUGAAAUCGACUCUGAUUCCCACUGGCGGAAUUGCAUCUGAAUACAGCACUCAUCUUAGUACUGCGAUGCCCAGUGGCGGUGCAGAGGUUGAGUCAUAUACAUCGAGAACAGAUCUAGAAGAGUCAUCCAUUGCCAUUCCCCAACAUCCCUAUGGAGUCAGACCAACAGGUAACAAAUACACGGCUACUAGUAACGCCAAGGAUUUUGUUGGUACUUUCCAGCUCUUUCCUGAUGAAAUUAUCGCCAUAUUUCUGGAAUAUCUGGAUUCGGCAGACCUACGCAACCUUGGGUCUAGUUGCAAAUUUCUCUAUGCCUUUUGCAGGUCAGACGAUGUUUGGAAAGCUCUUUUCAUUGAAUCAAAGCAGUCUCAAGGCGGCUCUUUCAUCUGGCGUAGAUCGUGGCGUUCCACCCUUCUUGGCUUGAGCAAUACCCAUACUUCACAAAUUCAGUGUGACAAUGUCUUCUCAGAUGUUCUUUACAGGCCAUUCCUCUGCACCCAUACUCCACUCCUACCUUAUACUUCUAAUAUCCCUGCCAAAAAUUCCAUAACUCGGCUGGGGAAUCUUACCCCCGAAGAGUUCUCAGAGAGCUGGAGUGACAAGCCUUUUAUCCUUACUGAACCGGUCCGAGAAUGGCCUGUCUUCAGGUCGUGGGAUACCGAAUCUUUGAUGGAACGAUAUGGCGAUGUCAAAUUUCGAGCGGAAGCUGUAGACUGGUCGUUGGAUACCUAUUCUCACUACAUGUGGAACAGCAGUGAUGAGAGCCCUCUAUAUCUGUUUGACAGAAGUUUCGUGGAAAAGAUGAACCUCAAAGUUGGCAAGAAUGAAAAAGACGCUUCAUACUGGAUCCCCGAAUGUUUCGGAGAGGAUCUAUUCGCUGUCCUCGGAGACAAGCGGCCAGAUGACAAAUGGCUGAUCAUAGGUCCCGCUCGGAGCGGUUCGACAUACCACAAAGAUCCAAAUGCCACAAGUGCUUGGAACGCCGUACUUCGAGGAUCAAAGUACUGGAUCAUGUUUCCCUCCAAUUCCUCAAGUCCGCCACCGCCAGGAGUUUACGUGUCUGAAGACCAGAGCGAAGUCACUAGUCCCCUCAGUAUAGCUGAAUGGCUACUUGGGUUUCAUGCAGAAGCUAGGAAGACACCAGGAUGUGUCGAAGGAGUAUGUGGUGAAGGCGAGGUAUUGCAUGUUCCCAGUGGAUGGUGGCAUUUGGUAGUAAAUCUUGACGCUAGCAUUGCUAUCACUCAGAAUUUUGUGCCCAAAGCGCACCUCUCAAACGUGCUCUCUUUCUUGAGAGACAAGCCUAAUCAAGUGUCAGGCUUCAAGAAAGAGGUUCUGGACCCUUAUGGGGUCUUCGUCGAAGGCAUGGAGAGGUACUAUCCAGAUUUGUUGAACCAAGCUUUCGAAGACUUGAAGAAGCAGGCGGAAGGUAGAAAGCGAAAGUGGGACAUAGCAGUUGGGAAAGAAGAGGAAGCCAAUGGUGGAGGAGGCUUUAGCUUCGGUUUCGCGGAUGACAGCGAUGAAGAAGUGCCGUAA